UCACGUGGCUUAUUAUCUAUCAUUGUCUUCAGAACUAGCCAUUUACUGGUGUGGAGAUAUCCUUCAGAAAGAUAAUCAGGUCUAAACGAUGCUGCUUUGCUACUCGUACUGGCCUACUACAUUGACCCGCAAAUACUAAAAUGUCUCGGUCCACCAUAGAAUUCAGUUAGCCCUUGGCCAUCAGAUUCGUUCACAAUACCAAACAUCCCUUUGCAAUAAAGUAACCCUCAAUCGUCUGCUGGCCUCCGAAGACAGCUCUCCUUGCAAGUCUUGGGUUAAAAAAACCGAGAAUAUGUUGAUCUGUCUUUUCCCUUACCAGCAACAAACGUUCAGUCGAAACACUUCAACUUCCAGUAAUCCCCUUCCUUUUCCCAUAAGAAUGGUCGCCCCCCGCUGAUACAUAUCAUCGGUCAGAGGCCUCGAAAAGCAGGCGCCAACAACUACACAAUGGACCCGAAUCUCGUAGAUUCCAGAUACUCGCCGGUCCGCUUCCGACGGGUCUCUGGAGACGUCCGCACGACCUUCUUCAAAUGCGUGCGGUGGCAAGUCGAAGAGACGCUCGACCCCGUCGAUUGCCCAUACCAUUACUACUGCGACAGCACCUACCCGGGCGAUUAUUCCCAGGUCGUGGAUGGCCUCGUUCUCCUAUUUUCGGUGGCUUCUUACCUCGUGGCGCUGAUCAUCAUGAUAUUAGAAGUGUCUGGGAAGCGCAAAUCGCGCCUUUGCAAACUGAAGAGGUACUUGCUUCCGUCCAGUCCGCUUUCCCUCUCGGUGACGCUGCUGAUCCUUGCCAAGGGCCACCAAAUAAACUCCAUGUUCCCGGUUUCCUGCAUGGGACCAGCGAUAUUCCAUCUCGCGCUCAUAUCUGCCCUGGUGUUUGAUGAAGGUACGGUCAGCGAUGUCAAGUACGUCAUUUUUCAGGCAUCGACCAUCUCCGGGAUACUGCAUGCGAGUCUAUAUCUGGACUCUGUUCUUUUACCUUACUACACGGGUUUCGACGCUCUAGUGUCUUCGACCUUCUCUCGCGAGUGCGAAUCCUGUGUUUGCCGCAGCGAGGUUCUAGUUGUCGGAGGGAUGUUAGUUACCUACAGGGCCUGGUCAAUAACCAGUUUUCUUGUUGCGGGUGCUUUGUGCCUGAGAGUAAUAUGCAGAGUAAGCAGUGAUGUUGGCAAGAUCACGCAUAUGUCCAAAUACUCACUAGAAACAUUAGGUCUAGCGUCAGUGGUGUGGGACUCUAUGUAUUUGCUGAGAAAUUCUCCACCAGAAAGGUUUUUGCUCCGAACUGUUGCUUCAGGAGCCGAGUUGACCUUAAUUUGUAUAUAUGUGGUAGGAAGGAUAUGUGCUCGCAUUCGGCAAUCGCAAUUGCAUCAUGAAAAAUGAGAAGUUAUUCCGAAUUCGAGAA